CGAUCGCAGACCGCUGCGUCUGUGCCGUGGACCGUGGACGAGUCAAUCACCUGUACCCUCAGAGAAAAUAACGGGCAAGAACGAAAUAAACAGACAGUGUACCCGUCUAUAGCGGCAUGACAAAUAUGGCAGCCUCCAUAUUGAUAAAGCCAAAGUAACGUUUGGUGUUCAAGAUUUCGGAUUCACCUAUGAUUCAUCGCAUGUUACCAUAAUUGGUGUAGUAAAACAUUGAUAUACAGAUUUACUUCUUUUGAUUCGUGUAAAUUAUCCGCAAAUUAUUGUGCAUUAUUGUCGACAACCCCAUCUCACGUGACGUGGUUCAGUGGAUGAGAUUGAGUACAGAGUAGUUAACAAUGGAUUAAUACUAAUAGUAAUAGUAAUACUAUUAAUAGUUAAUACGCAUGGCCAUGGCAAACAAAAGCAAAAGUAAUAGCGUAUGUGAUAUUGAAUUGCCAGACAAGAAAAUGCGUUACCUAAGUGUCACAGAGAGAUAUUUCACUCCUAGAUAUGCAAUAGGAAAGAAAAUGAAUGCCGAAGAUCAUUGCAUCCUCUUUCAUUCAAACAAAAUAGCCUUGCUCACUCUGGCUCCAUCCCACCCGGUACUGAGAGAUAACAAGAUCGUGAGCAAUGUUAAUUUCAACUUGGGGAAAAAUAUGAACAGACUGGUAAACAUCGUACGUGGAAAGGCCAAAAAGGGUGGACAGUGGCUUCAGCCUGAUGCUAAGGUUUGUGAAUUGACCUGUACCGAUGGAUCGAACUACACCAUUUACAGCUGUAUCCGUGGCAACCUCAUCGAAAUCAACGAGAACCUAUUAAACAACCCUUCUCUUCUUAGUGAAAAGCCGGACAGCAAUGGCUACAUAGCUGUUAUCUUGCCCAAGCUGCAUGAGAGCCAAGCUCAACAAGAUAGUCUGCUGAGUAAAGCUGAGUACAUAGCUCAUACGACUAGGCAAGGUGAGGGUGAUCAGUGCCAGGAAAUUUUUGUCAAAAGUACUGGUCAGACUACUGAGGAGAUGCAGAGAAAUGAGGCAAUGCCGGGUGGAUCUUUGCGAAAUGUUGUGGCAGGAAUAGAGAGACAGGAAGAGAAACUUUUGGAGGAGCAACCUGACAGUUGAUGUAAGAAAUCUCAAUACGUUGUCUUGUAUUGACAGUAUGUAUAAGUCGACAGCUGUUAAGCACUCGCUUUUAGUACCAUGAUAGAACAAUGAUACAUGAAAAAUCUAAAUUGUUAUUGCAUAAUUUACCAUUAUAAUAACGCCAACUAUUUAUAAUUAUAAUAGAAAUUGGUGUCUUAGUGGGUACUUUUUAUGGCGCAGGAUUCACAAGGCCGAUGAAAUACAUAGUAGAAUGGUCAUUGCCUGAGUGUUGGGUAUUUAGCCUGUUUAUUCUAUCAGAUCAUGUGUAGAAAUCUCUGUGCACAGAACAUGCACUUUGAGCAAAACAACAACAAUUCACUGCAAGACAAGACAAGAAGAAUAAGAAUAUUAUAUAUAUGCUCACCCCUUGGCAAUUAUCUGGCUCAAAUUAUGUCGUUACAUGAACAAUAUUUUGCUACAUCAAACUCCCAUCGCAACAUCAUCUCCAACAUGGGUAUCUGUAGAAACAACUGCUGUCCUGUUUCACAAUAAUGUCGGUUCCAGGGUGAUACCUCAAAACCUUUUAUAUGGGUGUCAACCAUUUAUUACUUCGUUGCUUGCAUACUGUCAUUCUCAAGAGAUUCUGUUCUUAGUACAUCAUAAAGAAGUAAACUUAAAAACAGCAUAGAAAGCAUUGACUAAUUUUUUUGUAUUCAAGCUUUCAACAGCUACGUAACGUAAUUCUCGCUUGGCUAAAGUAAUGUAAAUAAAGAAUUGAAGUAAAACCUGUGUACUAUGCAAACUAGGUCGUAUGAUGCUUUAUGACUGUGGUAAAAAAUUGGCUGCUCUAUACUAUACUCUAGCUGCUAAGUGGUCUUUUGCCAUAAAGUUUAGUGUAACCUUAUAGGAUUUACGUGCACCAUUUUCUAACAGCUACCAUUGAGAGUAUAAUGAUCAUACCUCAGGAUGUAAAACGCGUGUAAUUUAUACCAAGUAGUGUUUAAUUUUACACGCAAUGGACAUCAUCAAACACAGCUCUAACACU